UGGAGGGGUAGCUGAUGCUGCUGUCGCUGAUGCAGUACGGUACUGCUAACCCCCUGAGCCCUCCCUCUCACAUGCUACAAACACAGAUGACGCCUUAUCACACGGUUCGUUAGUGGUUUCCUCUUGCCCCCCCGCCGCCCCCAGGCCAACAUCGACAAGUCCUCCGACCCGUCCGAGUGGAAGCUGGACGCGCUGGCAGCCAAGAUGUGCCAGUACUGCUACCUGCUGGAGGGUCUCACCGGCUCCCAGCUAGCCUCCGUCGCCUCCUCCGGCGGCUUCGAGGGUCUGCGGACGCACCUGCACACCCUGUGCACUCAGGCGUACGAGAGCAAGGUGGCGGCGGUGGAGGCGGCGCAGCCGGGGCUGAUGGCGGAGGUGCAGAGGUUCUUCCUGCUGAGCCAGACUGAUGCGCUGUGGAAGGAGCACCUGCAGGCCAUCAAGUUCCUGCAGCAGGCGGUGGGGCUGCGGGGGUACGCCAGCAAGGACCCGCUCACGGAGUUCAAGCUGGAGGGGUUCAACCUGUUCGUGGACAUGACGGCGCAGAUACGCAGGAAUGUGAUCUACAACGUGUACAUGUUCCAACCGCAGCGGCUGGUGCCGGUGCAGGAGGGGGCGGAGGGGGCCGCCGGUGGGGACAAGGGGCAAGACAAGGAGGCGGGGGCGGCGGCGAGGGAGAAGGCGGGGGCGCGAGCCUGAGCGGUGUUGCCAGCGCGUUACCCAUUCUGGAGAUGACACGCGGCCAUGGGGGGAAAUGCAAGGGAGCAGUGGAGUGGCGGUUUUGGGGGGGGGUUCGGUAGUGUGAGGCUGAACGGUGUGGAAGUGAAGGGUCGGCGCUGGGUCUGUGGGUGCAGUGUCGGAGCGUGAGAGGAGGUGUGUAGUGAAUACAUGUAAUGUGGUGUAAUGCGGUUGGCGUAACAUGGACACCGUACUUCCCGGAAGGGGGGUGCGGGCAUGCUGCGUGCUGGCCAUACCAAGGCGAUAUAUGGGGGGGGGGAACAGUACGGACAGGCAGCAUUACGACUUACAACGGUACGAACAUGUACGGCGUUGGGAGGGAGGAGUUGUGGGCGUCGUUUACAAUGCUGUUUGGCUGGGUCGCAGGAGCAAGUAAAGGGAUGCUCCUCAAACCCCUUCUGUGUCUUCUGAAAGCGUGUUCGGCAGCUGCGUAAGUGGCAUUGGUGAGGUGAGGAGAUGAGGGUAGGCUGGGAGAGAGGAACAGGUUGUAAGAGCAGAUAUGACAUCUGUUGGUGUGGGGGUGAUACGUGUGUGUUUUCGGGUUGGGGCCAUUUUGAGCAGUGUGCAGGUCCCAGAGUGCGUGUUGUGGUGGCACUGCAAAAGUGUGUGUUUAGACAACUGGCCGCGAGCCGGAACGCACUGUGUUUGCAGAAGUGUGCAGAGGAGUUGUGUUGAGAGGGGCGGUGCGGUGCCAGGUGGGGGCGUAGGAUGCAUGUAGGUACAACACACGUGUAACCCGCAAGAGAUGUUUUCUUGUGGGAGCCUUGUGGGAGCGAUGAAAUGAGGCGGCAGCGUAGGGGUUAACUCUGGUUAGUUAAACAGUUGGGUUGGGUAGCAGAUGGUGGCGAUGAGGCGAAGACAGGUUAUAGAUGUGUAACAAAUAUUAUUGUCACCUUCCUUACAUUCCCGUACCAGGGGUUACCCGUCUCCCAUCUCAUUUCAUGACUACUCCCUUACCCGCCUAGGGCACCCCGGUCUAUCGCACUGAACAAGUUCACCUGUAACAUGCUAUGACCUGUACACAAUGUACGAUCUUUUCCAAAUGUCCAACCAAACCUUUGCAAAGUAUAUCAAACUGCCUCGAGCAUCAGUAAUUAAAACCCAGUUAGUGAUAUACAAAAUUGACCCGUCCCUACCCAUCCCUCCAGGUGCGAGACUACCUUGGCAGCCUGCAUUACAAAUCCGGGGCCCACUAGACAACACCAAUUCCACACUUUGUUCCAAUUCCAUGCAACAUGCAAAGCAUGUGCACCCAAAUGUUCUCUUGUAAUCGUACACCCAAAACAGCAACAUGACAAGUUACCAACAACGACGUACGAACGGGGCCGCAGUGCCAACGUUGUACAUUAACAACCAACGAUACGACUCGCCCGCCUUGCUAGCCAAAUGUGGACGGCUUUUCCCGCAUUCUUCACCUUCCCUCCAAAGCUCAUUUUACACAACUUUUCUACCACAAGUCAUCAAAGGGUUCAAGUACAGCAGUUGCAGGCCACACGUCAAGCUUCAUGGUCAUCUUCAUCUCAUCAGCUGAAGCGACCGACCAUCAACCCAAUCAGCAAUGCGCUGUGAGGGGUGUGCUUCCGACUUGCAGCAGUAAUAUCUCCGAUGUUAUGGUAUGUACACUCAGAUAGUUCCCCACACAUAACGAUACCCGCAACAUACGAUUGUAAUCUUCUUCGACCGACCCUGAAAAAGGCACCGCGACCCUGCCCCGCCCGCCACAUGUGCACCACAUGCACCCGCGCAAGCACAUGCCAGCUCAGCGCAGGCCGAUACACCCUGUGCCCGCCGAGCAAUCCCCUCCACGUCAGCCAGAUACGCAAAUACAAGAUAACGGGCCAAGAGGAAGAGCCCGGACAAGCACGACAGCAGGGCGCAGCGAAUAAAAGCAGCUCUGCCGGCAGGCGAAAUAGUGCUACGAAUUGCGUCAAUAUGGUUACGACGAGGGACCGCACCAACAGCAGAGCCCCGUGAAUACUUUCCACAUGCAUCAUUGUGGCAUGCACAUCCCCUCGACCCGCUCUUGGCAACAACGACAACACAGCCUCAGAGAGGGACGCUAGGAGGCUCAGUUCCACCGUGUCUGUGAUGCCUUGGCGAGGGCCGGGGGUCACACCAACACCCCUUCGCGAGUUCCAGGAAGUACAACAUCUGCAUGUGCUGAAGCGAGGUGAAGUGCAGUGCCAUGUAGAUGCUGCUUGGGUGGCUGCACGGAUGGAUGCAAAGCGCGCUCCUUUUCC